GCAAACAAAAAAAAACAAAAAAGUACAACUACUCAAUAUACAAAACACAUCGUCAUGGAUACAUCAAAAACGAUGCCAUACUCGGUGGUGUCGGAGUUUGAAGGGACAGUACUAAAGAGUGAGGAUUUGUUCUCUUACUUCAUGCUCCUUGCCUUCGACGCAUCUGGUCUGACUCGUUUCACCGUCUUGCUAUCUCUCUGGCCCGUCAUCACACUCCUUGAUGUUUUCGGCCACAAAAACGCCGCCCUCAAGCUCAUGAUUUUUGUAGCCACGGUUGGUUUACGCCUACCGGAGAUUGAAGCGGUCGGUAAAGCCGUCCUGCCCAGUUUCUACAUGGAUGACGUGAGCAUGGACACGUGGAGGGUCUUCAGCUCGUGCAAGAAGAAGGUCGUGGUGACGAGUAUGCCUCGUGUUAUGGUCGAGUGGUUCGCAAGGGAGCAUCUUGGUGCCGACGAGGUCAUCGGCACGGACCUGAUCGUGAACCGGUUCGGUUUUGUCACCGGUCUAAUACGUGAAACCGAUGUUGAUCAAUCUGUUUUGAGCCGUGUCGCUAAAUUCUUUGCUGACCGGAGGCCUCAUCUAGGUCUUGGAAGACCGACCAAGACGAUUUCCACAACUUUCUUAUCGUUAUGUGAGGUGCAGAUUCAAGGACCAGUUCCAACAAAUGACCAACAACUUAAGCUACAACCACCCAAGCCGGUGAUCUUCCACGACGGACGCCUCGUGAAGAGACCAACGCCAGCGACGGCUCUCCUCAUCCUCCUCUGGUUCCCAGUUGGAUUCGUUCUUGCUACCAUCCGACUCGUUGUGUUUAUCCUCCCGGUGUGGGCUCUACCUUACGUCAUUGAAAUAUUAGGCUGCCGAGUCAUCGUGAAGGGCAACGUUCCUAAAGCUGGAAACUCUGGUGGCGUACUCUUUGUAUGUAACCAUAGAAAUAUGAUAGAUCCGGUGAUGAUAUCUUAUGCGCUCGGACGCGCCAUCCCCGCCGUUAGAAUUUCUACUCUCUCACGGUUUUACGAUAUCAUGAGUCCAGUCCCCACCGUCCAGUUUACAAGAAACCGUGACGUUGAUGCUCAAAUGAUGAAGCACGAGCUGUCCAAAGGAGAUUUAGUGGUCUGUCCCGAAGGCACCAUUGGUUGUCAACCGUUCGUGCUCAGAUUUAGCGCAAUGUUUGCGGAGUUAACGGACAGGAUCGUGCCUGUGGCGAUGAACUGUAGAGUUGGAUUCUUUAAACACCGUGUAAGAAGCUGUGUUCUGGACUUGAUCUUUCUGUACAUGAAUCCGAGACCGGCUUACGAGGUUACAUUCUUAGACCAGCUUCCGAUAGAGGAGACGUGUUCAGCCGGGAAAAGCCCUCAUGACGUGGCUAACCAUGUGCAGAAAAUCGUGGCGGAUACGUUAGGGUUUGAGUGCAGUAACUUAGCGAGGAAGGAUAAGUAUAAUCUUUUAUCACUUGAAACCAAAGUUGUGUGUGUAACCUAAUUAAAAUGAUUCCCAUUGAGAAUCAUAUAUGAUUCAAUUUCCAUGUCAUUUUUAAUAUGCUUGCAUUUGCCAAAGGAAAAAAAAAACCUUUUGGUAUCCAUAUAUAAUAUCAUUUUUAAUGUGAUUACGGUUACACGUUUCUUCUAUAUGUGGUUAGGAUUUUAUAUAAUCUAGGAUUCCUUAGGUUUCGUGCGCUGUUCGCAUAGACAACAAAUAGAUACAUAUAAUUGCUAAUUUUAUGUAAACUUUGUAGUCAUUUAUAAUACGGUCCAUCUUCUUGGUGAAACUCAUAUCUUUAACCCAUUGCCAAAACAACGGACCAUUGAAAUGUAAUCUCAAUAUCAAUGAUUAUACGAGUUAAGACAUGCAAAAUCAAGAUCACAGAACACGCUUUAGGACGGUCGAAAUCGCAGGAGACUAUGUACGUCCAUAUAAACCAAGAGCAAGUGCAUAUGAAGAUCCUAAUCCACCAUAUAGUUAAUGACAUAAACACCUAAUUCUGUUUUUCACUAAUAAUUUCCACUACACACAACGGAACAGAAAGACGACGUCAUGAGUGACAUCAGCUAAAACCAAAGCUUUAAUGAUCGAAUUGACUUUGCGAUUAGCGCUCAAGAACCGCGAGAGCUCCGUCCACCGCCGUAGCAACCGGUGGUGGAAGUCAAAGUGUCGCUAUUCUUGGCCGACCUCCGCCGCUCAUGAACUUUUUUGGUGAAAUCGACGGCUAAAUCGGAGUAAAUCUCCAUAACUCUCGAGAUAUUACCGUUGAUUUCGUUAAUCAAGCCAACGUUUCUUGCGACGUUAUCUGGGAUUCGGGACACGUGGUUGUCGUUGACGCGUUGGAUCAGAUCACGAUUCUGAUCAAGAACGAGCUGCGCACGCUUGAAGCCAUUACUCAGCGUAUCCCACGCCUCCACGUCUUCAAACUCCUCAUCAUCCGCCGCCUCAACAUCAUCGUCGUCUUUUUCUUCGUUCAUCUUCUCCACCAGAGCUCGCUUGCUCUUCCGGUUGUUCCCGACGAGCGAUCGACGUCUCGAUGCUUCCAUGGUUUUUGAAAAAAUAAAGUUCUCACGGCGCCGAUCAAAAUUUACAAACGCAUCUAGUGUUUGUCUUCUGAAGGAAGAACCGACUAGAAAAGCGGUUUAUUAAUUUUAUUUUUAUUUUUUUGCAACAAGAGUUAAAGCGGUUUAUUGUGUUCAAGAAGAAGCGGUUUAUUGUGUUCAAGAAGAUGAUUAUGACAAGAUUUUGUGAAGGACCAAUAGGUUACUAACAAGACAGUGCG